UCUGGGCCACUCCCAGUUAACUGCAGCUGGCUCCUGCUGCCUUCCGGGUUUUGAGACUCGGGCAUGCGCUGUGGACAGCCGCUGAAUCGCUGGAAGGCGCGAGGCCUGCGUGGGCGUGACGUCACUGCUCGCCGCAGCCUUUGGCGGGCCGGGGCAGCGAUGGCGGAAGCUCUGCAGCCUGAGGCGGAGGACCCGCUGUGGAGCUUUGUGCGGGUCCUGGAGAAGCGGGACGGGACAGUGCUUCGACUGCAGCAGUACGGCUCCGGAGGCGUGGGUUGCGUAGUGUGGGACGCCGCCAUCGUCCUUUCCAAAUACCUGGAGACGCCGGGGUUUUCUGGCGAGGGGGCCCACGCACUGAGUCGCCGCUCGGUGCUGGAGCUGGGCUCCGGCACCGGGGCCGUGGGGCUCAUGGCCGCGACCCUCGGGGCAGACGUUGUAGUCACUGAUCUUGAGGAGCUGCAAGACUUGCUGAAAGUGAAUAUUAAUAUGAACAAGCAUCUUGUGACUGGUUCCGUUCAAGCCAAGGUACUGAAAUGGGGGGAAGAAAUAGAAGACUUGAUGGCACCCGACUACAUAUUAAUGGCUGACUGCAUAUACUACGAGGAGUCUUUGGAACCGUUGCUGAAAACAUUAAAAGAUCUCAGUGGCCCUGAAACUUGUAUUAUAUGUUGUUAUGAACAACGUACAAUGGGAAAAAAUCCAGAGAUUGAGAAAAACUAUUUCAGGCUCCUUCAAUUAGACUUUGACUUUGAGGAAAUUCCUCUGGACAAACAUGAUGAAGAAUACCGAAGUGAAGACAUUCAUAUUAUAUACAUCAGAAAGAAAAACCCAAAACAGCCAUCGUGAAACCGUUUUCAUCUUACCCACGUCCCUAACACCCUGGGUACAGGUGUGAAUGGAGCAUGUGCAUAAAGCAUGGAAGACGGCGUUCACACAUCUCUCCAGCAUGUCUAGAGAUGUGCUACGUGGAUGACGA